AUUCGUUCGUGUAUAUAAACAGUAGUGAAGGAAUAGCAUUGAAUUUUCGAAAGUCUCUGUCGCAAUCGUAUUCGUACGAACAUUCACAAUGUUACUCGCAUCGAUUUUAAUCUUCGUCGCCAUUAACGGUGUCAAUUGCGAAAUAACACAAAGCAACGGUGAUGCUGAUAUCACAAAGUAUCCAUGUGUUGUAUCGAUUAGAAGUAAUAGGCAAACAUAUAUGUUCCGGUGCUAUACUAGACGAGCAUCAUAUCAUCACGUCAGAUCGAUGCGUUCCACCGCUCAAACAUGCCUGGAAUGUCAUGAACAAUUUUAUCAUCGUCAGUGGCACGAGCAGUCUUAAACCGGGCGGUAUCCGUAGAUUUGUUAAAGAAACGUUCUCGCAAAAUCAUCACGUUAAUCCAAUUGACAAUGACGUCAUUAGCAGCUUUGGCGUGCUUAAACUGUCAAAACCACUUCAAUUUAGUGAAAAGGUGCAACCAAUUUCAUUAUCCGAAACAGAAGUGCCAGUGGGUGCAAAGUUACAGAUGGUUAGUUGGAUGAUAACUGAUCGUCAAGGGAAAGAAACUACAAAUCUAAAGGAAGUAACGUUAACAACAAUAAACUCUGAAGAAUGCCAGUCAUUCCACGAGAAAGAACUCUCUGAUUCUGAAUUUUGUACAAGAGGAGAAUCCGAAAGUGACUAUUGCAAGGGUGACAGCGGCAGCCCUCUGAUUUAUGAAGGCAAGCUUGUCGGUGUAGCUUCUUAUGGUAUUUCAUGCAUUGAAACUCCAGUUCCGGAUGUUCAUGCCAAAAUAAAUAAAAAUCUUGAAUACUUCAACGAAAUUACAUCAUAAAAAGAAUAUAUUCAUUCUCUAUUUUCAGCUCUUAAUUUAAAUACAAAGUUUACAGAUAAUUAAUAUUCAUAGAUAAUUUUUUAAGAAAAAAUGAAAUAAACCAGUAAACUAUAUUCGUACAUUGUACUAUAAUAAUUAUUUUAUAAUAUUAUAUCCAAAAUCAUGUUAUCUAAAAAAGUUUGUCUUUUUAUACAAAAAUAUAAUUAACGAUUAUAUGUCAUAUAUUAAAUGUAACUAUAUACUUUUAAUAUGAAGAAUGUAAAACAAAUGUAUAAACAGCAUACGUACUUAUUAA